AUGGCGUAUCUUUUCAGCGAAACCCACAUCCCAAACCAGAAGCGGCUACCCAAUUCCCCGCCGUUCCCGGCCGUCCUGUCUCCGGCCGCAACACGGUCACCCACCCUCUUAGACUUCACUUCCGCCAUCGAAACCCAAAAGCCGUACCUCGAUACUCUGCUUCACGAAACAGGGGCGAUCCUCUUCAGGGGAUUCCCUCUGUCCACUGCUUCCUACUUCAAUCAGGCCGUGGAGGCGUUCGGGUUCCCCGAUUACCCUUACGUCGGCGGAGCCGCCUCCCGGACCAAAGUCAGUGCUUAUCCUUAUGCGAGUAGUUCACCAUUUCUGGCGCCGGCGAAGAGCCGGCAGAGGCGGAUGAAGGCUGCGAGGCCGGCGUUCGUAUCCCCUGUCUCCGCCGACGGUGUCGAUCCGUUCUGUGCGGUGCCGGGUCCGUCGUUGAAGGAGGAGGCGGUUCCAGAGUUCCCGACAAAGUUGUUCUUCUUUUGCGAAGUGGAGCCAGCGAGUGGCGGCGAGACACCAAUGGUUCUGAGCCACGUGGUAUACGAGAGGAUGAAGGAGAAGUACCCUGACUUUGUGGGGAGGCUGGAAGAUGAAGGAUUGCUCGCGAACAGAGUGCUGACCGAAGAAAGACGACCCUUCUUCCGCCAUUGGCCGAGGCUGGAAAACAACGUUUUCCACACAUGA